GGAAGAUCAUACGGAACAGAGAUGGUGCCCAAGAUGUGGAUAGUUCAUCUUUUCAUCUUCAUCCUUCAAUUCAUCGAUAUCGCCGGGAACAGAACACAUACCAAGGCAGGCUGUUAUCCUAACCAGUUCUCCACCUCUCCAGGGGGAUGUAAUGCCAGCCGUGAAAAGAUGUAUCCCAAAACGUUCAAAACCAGAAAGCUUAAAACCUUGUCGAUCCCACUAUGUGGUAAAAGUUGUGAACAAUGUUGUGACAAUUUGACAAAUGUCUAGGGCACGAAAACGUAUGAACUUCCAGCUGAAGCUUUAAACAUUCCGGGAAAGGACCAGCAGUACAAAGAUUUUGUGACCCAAUGCAUAGGAAGACCAUUCUGUAGUUUGGGAGGGAAAUAUAGUGACAGAAUCCAAAUGGACUGGAAUUGCAUUAUGUUUGAAUAUGAAUGUGUUGAUGAUAAUCAGAUUUUGAAUUUCACUGGGGACUCCACGCUCAAAGGCUCACAGGUUUUCUUACUCCACAACCAGCCAACCCAUUCUGUUAACAACUCUUACUGUGUUGCAUAUACAUGUGGGUCAAGCAUUGACGUGAAACUUGUUGGCAACACCGUGAACUCAUCCUCUUGCACCCUCGUCUUGUCAGAGGAAGGCGGACGUCAUGCCGAUCAUUUCAGGUGUAACUACCCCAUUUCCAACAACACAUUAUUUCAAAGCAACAGCAGCAAGAUAGACAUUUACCUGAACAUGACUGCAAGCAUUGUCACAAGUGACAAAGGGCUGCUGUGGAUUCGUGUGACAGCUUCCAAUGGAGGACCUGUUUCUGUGGCAUGUGGAUCGAAACUUCCAUCAGAUGUGACACAAGAUUGUCCGAAGGUUACAACUACUCCCCCUCUGGUCCCAACCGUGAUGACUGCUAUAGCAGACACAUCCGACACACCAACUCUCGGUUCAACACACGCGAAAACCCCGUCAGUGGCAAUGAUACCACAGGCAACAGAGUCUAAUACACCAAUCAUCGGAGGUGUCGUCGGAGGACUGGCUGCCGUUCUGUGUCUAUCUGCCAUCUCCAUUGCCAUAUACAAAAAGUGCUUCAAAACGAACAAGGUUGAGGAUGAGAGUGCCCUGGCUGCACACACGGACGCGCCCUAUAAUGACUUGCCGAAAACCCCUGAUAGCCGGCGUGUCUGGGCUGAUUCUGCCAGCAGUGCUGGUGUGGGUCAGGGUUCACCACCUGCACCUUUCGGCGCUGCCUCACAUCUAAUGCCACCUCCAGCUAACUCCUUACCUCCUAUCAGACAUAUUGAUUUAAAGAUUUAAGUUCUAUUUCAGUUUAUUUUUUUUCUGACAAAUCUAGAUAACAGUGUCAACAUUUAGACAUGGAGAAAAGCCUAAACCCACCACUGAGUGUGGUGUUCAAUACUUAUCAAUCAAACGAGUCGAUAGAAAUGUAAUUCUGGCAACAAUUCGAUAAAUAUGAUACAUGCUUUAUCUUAGUUAAAAUGUAUUUUACACACUUCUACAAUCA